CUCUCUCUCUCUCCCUCUCUCUAUCUCUACCUGCCUCUUUUGACAGAGUAAAAGAGAGUGUGUGUGAAUGUGUGUGUGAAAGAUGAGGAUUGUAAAGACUAUCGAUUCCUCUCAUUAUCCAAAUCUCUCUGGGUUCUUGGGUGUCGAAGCUUAUCCCAAAAGGUGCUCCUCUAGAAUCCCCUCAUCAGAUUUGGUCCUCUUUCUAGGCCUUGGCUUCAUAGAUUGGUAAUAUCCAUCUUUACAUACAUAUCUCAUUUAAUUUUUUUUAAAUUUUUUUUUUCUCUCUUCUUGUAGUUGUAGUAAUAUGACAAAUGCUAGAAGGGUUUUCUGGUAUUUGGAAGAUAUAAGGAUAUUCCUGGGUUAGGGUUUGAUAAUUUCCUCUCUCUUUUUGUUUCUUGAUUUUCUUGAUUUCUUUAUAUAAAACUCCUCCUCUAGCUAAAUUUUCUUUCUUUCUAUAUUUAAUUUUUGGGGGGUGGUUCUUUAGUCUAGUUUUAUUUUCCUUGACUAAUAGUAGCAAGAUCUGAUUAUAUUUUCUCUCUUUUCACACUUGAAUAACAUUGUUGUUUGUCAAAUAUUCUGGUUUUAAUGUGGGUUUGUUGUGGGAAAUAGUAUGGUGAUAAAUAAAUCUGGGAUCUUGAUGGGGGUGGGGAUUCCUUUUGGGGAUUGAUGUAUGGAUAGUGGUGGUUGUAAGGUUGUUAUCUGUUGAAUUGAUUUUAUGGGAUGAAAGUUUCAAACCAAGAAGUGAAUUUGCCCCUAAGACCAAGGGAGGAGGUCAAUUGAGAUGGGAGAUUCCUUAAUCACAGCCCUGUCAAUCGAGAAUCAUCACCCGCCGUUCACCCUCUUGUCCAUGGAUUCCAGUGCCUCUUCGUCACACGAUGAAUUGGACCUCGAAAUGAAUCGAGGCAUUCUCACCUGUCCCCCAGAUAUCAAUCUACCCCUCUCAGGAGACCGGAGCCCACCUCUGCAACCGUGGAGCUCAGACCCAUGUGAUAUGCUUGACGUUGGGCUUGGUCCCCAAGUCUAUGAGACCGAGAGUUUUCUCGGCGUCCCCAAGGUUGGACGGAAAAUCGCUAAACGGGUAGAUAGUAUCUGGGGUGCUUGGUUUUUCUUUAGUUUUUACUUCAAGCCUGUUUUGAAUGAGAAAUCUAAGGCCAAAGUUGUUUGGGACAGUAACGGAGUUUCUGGGUAUGAUAAAUCUGAUCUUCAGCUCGAUGUUUUCAUGGUCCAGCAUGAUAUGGAGAAUAUGUAUAUGUGGGUUUUCAAAGAAAGACCUGAGAAUGCGUUAGGUAAGAUGCAGCUGAGGAGUUACAUGAAUGGCCAUUCUCGUCAAGGGGAGCGACCCUUUCCGUUUAGUGUUGAUAAGGGGUUUGUUCGAUCUCAUAGGAUGCAAAGGAAGCAUUAUAGGGGUCUUUCAAAUCCCCAAUGUGUUCAUGGAAUCGAAGUUGUGUCCUCCCCUAGUCUCAUGGGUCUUGACGAAGAUGAGCGGAAAAGGUGGAUUGAACUCACUGGACGGGAUUUGAAUUUCUCUAUACCGCCUGAUGCUAGCAAUUUUGGUUCGUGGAGAAACCUCCCAAAUACAGAUUUUGAGCUUGAGAGACCACCUCCUCCGAUCAAGAGAGAUCCAAAUCCCAACCCCAAGAAAUUGCUCAAUGGGUCUGGACUGAAUCUGUCAACUCAACCAUCUAACCACAGAAAUGGUGAUACAAUGGACCUAUCGGAUCUUAGCAAGAAACGGAAGGACUUUUUUCCACACGGAAAUGGUGAUGAUUGUUACUUGACCGUUAAUCCUCCUUCUGAUCAUGUUCAAGGCAUGGAAAUUCACCCGAACGAGCCACAUUGGUUGAAUGACUUCAGUGGGGUUAUGAGGAAUGUUUAUGGGCCUGUAACAGCUGCAAAAACCAUUUACGAAGAUGAUGAGGGUUAUUUGAUUAUAAUCAGCUUGCCAUUUGUGGAUCUUCAAAGGGUGAAAGUUUCUUGGAGGAACACCCUCACUUAUGGGAUCAUUAAGGUGUCUUGUGUAAGCACUUCUCGCAUGCCGUACAUCAAGAGACACGAUCGGACGUUCAAGCUCACAGAUCCGUCUUCGGAGCACUGUCCUCCGGGGGAAUUUGUGAGGGAGAUUCCACUAUCAACCAGAAUUCCCGAAGAUGCUAAUAUAGAAGCAUAUUACGAUGGGCCCGGAACAGUUCUUGAGAUCAUAGUGCCAAAACUUCGCGAGGGGCCAGAAGAGCACGAGGUUCGCGUCUGCCUUCGCCCUCAUAUUGGGAGCAAUGAUCUUACCCUGACCUGAUGGGGGUAAUCCUAUGGAACUUUUAGCAUGGUAGAAGUCGGUAGUGCUUCAUUUGUUUCACUAACCUUGUUUCAAACAGUGCAAUCCAUGAAGCAAAAUGUGAGUGUCACAUUUGCCAUUUUGAAUAUUGGGUCACUAAUUGCUAUGGUUUUUGUUCCCAUGCAUUUGGUUGACUUUUUUUUUCUUUUUUUUUUUUUGGGGAUAUUUUCAAUUGCUUGUUCAAGUCAGUACCCAUAAUGUUAACUAAUUUUAUUUUCUGUGUAUUUGGUAUCUGAAUCUUGUUUUCCUCGGAUUUCCUUUUAUGUUUCUUCUUCUGGUAGAAAUGGACAAAACAGUUGAUGAAAUAUUGCAGCA